AAGUUUAGAGGUUACAAGAAACUUUGAAACUGUUAUCAUUUCCGGGACCAGUGGUCAGUCCGAUUUCCGUACUUUUUAUCACUAUACAGUAUUUCUCUGUCCGUUAGAGUAGUUUCUUGUUGUACAUUACUAAAUAUUAACUCAUUAAAAUGACUUCACUUACCAAAGGUAUAUUUAUUGUAGCAGCCAAAAGAACUCCUUUUGGUACUUAUGGAGGAAAAUUUGUCAAGACAAGUGCUUUGGAACUACAAGAAGUUGCAUCAAAGGCAGCGCUUACCUCUGGCAACAUAAACCCUGAAAUAGUCGACUCUGUAGUCAUCGGAAAUGUUUUAGGGAACACCUCUCCGGACUCCAUUUUUCUUCCUCGCCACGUGUUGCUGAGAUGUGGAAUCGCCAUAGACAAGCCUGCACUUGGUGUGAACCGACUUUGCGGUUCAGGCUUCCAAGCUGUAGUCAAUGGAGCUCAGAAUAUUCUAGUGGGAGACUCCCAUGUAGUUUUGACAGGAGGAGUAGACAACAUGAGUCAAGCCCCUCACGCUGUGCGAAACAUAAGGUUUGGAGUGCCACUGGGCUCUUCGCCUGAGCUGGAAGACACACUUUGGGUGGGACUAACAGACACGUACUGCAAGCUACCGAUGGCUCUUACGGCUGAGAAAUUGGCCGCACAGUUCAACAUCACACGGGCGGAAGUGGACGAGUAUGCACUUCGAUCCCAGACGUUGUGGAAGAAAGCCCACGACGCCGGGGUGUUCAAGUCUGAGUUGGCUCCGGUCACGGUAGUGCAGAAGAAGAAGGAGGUGGUUGUAGACAUGGACGAACACCCCAAGCCGCAGACGACACUAGAGGUGCUCAACAAACUGCCGCUGGUCUUCAAGAAAGAUGGAGUGGUGACUGCCGGAACUGCUUCUGGUAUCUGUGACGGUGCCGGAGCCGUUGUGAUCGCUAGUGAGCAGGCUGUGAAGCAACAUAACCUAACUCCGCUGGCUCGUCUGGUUGGCUACUCAGUGGUGGGAGUGGAGCCGAGCAUCAUGGGUAUCGGCCCGGCCCCCGCCAUCACCAAUGUGCUUAAGGCUGCGGGGAAAACUCUCAACGAUGUUGAUCUGGUCGAGAUCAACGAGGCGUUUGGAGCUCAGACACUGGCUUGCAGGAAGGAGCUCAACUUGGACAUCAACAAGUUGAAUGUCAACGGAGGAGCCAUUGCGCUCGGUCACCCCCUGGCGGCUUCUGGCGCUAGGAUUACUGCUCACCUGGUGCACGAACUCAGGCGGAAGAAGCUCAAGCUGGGAGUGGGCUCGGCUUGUAUUGGCGGAGGUCAGGGUAUUGCUUUGCUCCUGGAAGCUGUCUAAAAAUAUCAUACCACAUACUGGACAAGACUGAUGAAUUUAUCAUUGUUGUAUCGUUAUAAGCCUUAUUGUUAAGUAUUAAAUGUCAAUGAUAAAAGCUAAGAAAGCACUCUACCUCAGUAAGCCUUCGAGAUAUGUGAGAUGGAUAUUUUGUAGACCUGAAUACUUCUUGCACAACUAAUUGGUGCCUAGUUACUUUUUAAGUAGAUCCACUAAGUAAAAAUAUGAUAAAAAGAAAAUCUUUAAGAAAUUUACAUAUUUAUAAAUAUACAAAAUUAUUUAAUAGUACUUAGGCUACAAAGUGCCUAUCGGUCGUGAACCAAACACUCACCUCUUAAUAUUUGCGCUGAAUAUUUAUCAAACUUUACUCAGUCCCUAACAUGACAAUUAUUGAUAUUUAAAUAAGUACUAUUUCGUACAGUUACCUAACAAUGUACAUGUUCUCUCACUGAUUUGAGAAAGCAAAGUGGCCAAUUCGCUCAUCAGUGAGACAAUGUUAACAUUGUCUCACUCUAAUUACUUUGUCUCACUCCAGAUUUGCAAUGUGAAGGCACGAAAUAGUGAGCGCGUAACAUGCAGGCAGCAUCGUAUGCGCGCGAAAUACGUUGGCAGCACUGGUUGUAAAUCAGCUGGUCAGCUGUUGUACUGUUGUAUUUGUCACUUCACAUUAAAUGUUAUAUUAAAAGUUCACUUCUGUGUAAAAAUAGGUUAUGUUUCUUCACCAAUUUAUUUGUUUUAUGGUAACUGUAGGAAAAGUAUAAUGUCGCAACUCGAGUUCAAAGUACAAUUGCCUCACUCGAGAAACCAUUCCUCACUCGCCUACGGCUCGUGAGUAAGAAUUUCUCUCGAGUGAGUCAAUUGCUCACUUUUCUCACUAGUUGCACAAAUAACUAUUCUCUAUGACCUUGGCUAGAGUGCUUUCUUUCUUGUGGUGCCAGAUUGUUAUUUUUAUAUAGAUUUUAUACUUAAGCACAAUUCAAUCAAAAUAUUUAUACAUAUGCAUGACUAUUGAAUUGAUAUUAAAUCAUAUUUUCAUACAAUAUAUAUUAACUUAUUUGUGCUAUGUAUCUAAAGGGCUCACAAAUUUACAUGAUUUCCUAUUUUAAGGAAUCAUAGUUCCCAUUUUGUAGUAACUUUUUAUUCUGAUGUUUCUUACUAAUCAAGCAGUCUAAAAGUUUUAUCUUUGACUAUUGAAUAGUCAAAGGUUUUAUUUAAAAAUAUUAACCUCAUGUCAAAAUUUUACUAAAAAUAUUAAUCAUUAAAGUUAUAUUGAAAAUUAAAAUUGCAUAAACAAAA